AUGGUAGUGGUCAACUUCUCAAACAUCUUCGGGCCAAAGGGUGCCAACCUCAAGAAAGGCAUCACAGCUACCCGGGUCAAAGCGGUCUGUUUGAUCAUCUUUGUCGUUUCGGUCAUGCAAUUGGCGGUACGGCUGCGUCCUUCUCUCUCUCCCAUGUAUGGAAAGCAUAUUCAAGAGCUCGAUACAGCGGCGUACGAUAUCUGGACCGACUUCAUUCUCACACAUCCCGUUGAAGUUGAUGAGAGAUACGGUUUCAAGGAGAUGGGGUUCCGUGCUCACGCCUACGCAGAGCUGGCGCGCACACGUCAGAUGGGCAGACUGGAGCGUAUCGAAGAGAGGCUAUGGCCAUUUGCACCUGGAGCUGCCCAAAUUCGUAAAAAUGCGUUGUAUGUAAGCCCUGUUAGCUCCGUCGAUACCAACAAGAAGCAAGCAACCCAAGAAGCUUUGCCGUCUGUAGAUUCCAUCGUAAAGGCGCAACUCAAAGCGGCAGGCAGCCUCUCGACCGAAAAGGUGGCGCAGCUACUCAAAGCAGCACAGCAGGAGGAUGAUGCAAGGGGUGGAAAGCGACGAGGGAUCGUAAUGACGGUUUCACGCUACACAGCGCUUGCGGCUAUACAGACUAUCUCUGUAGUGCGAGAGCUUUACGGCUGCCUUCUGCCGAUAGAAAUCUAUUAUCACACGGAUGAUGAACUGCCUUCUGCUCUGGUGGACAUGCUCAAGUCGCUAGGGCGUGUCACAGUAUAUGACAUCGAUACCCUGCCCUUGUUCACAGCCGAGCUCGAAGAUGACGCAGGUCGCUACCCUGGACUCAAGGAGACGUGGGAGCGUCAAUCUCUGGCGCUUCUCGCCUCGAGCUUCCAAGAGAUUCUCGUUGUCGACCCGCAAGUUGUCUUUCUCCAGAACCCAAGCCAGCUCUUUUCGCAUCCUACCUUCGCCAGCACAGGCACACUCUUUUUCCGCUCUAAAGCCAGACCCGUCGACAAAGCCUCCCAGUUCCUCGUCUCCUUCCUCAAGCGUCAGAUCGACCAGGGCACACCAUCGCAGCAGCUGGCAGAGAGUGAGUUUUACUCGCACACCAUCGGCUCCAGAAUGGACAUGGACGUGGUGGUGCUAGACAAAUCGAGACCAGGUGUGCUCUCUGCACUCUUUCUCAAUGCAUGGAUGAGACGAAGGCCGGUCAGGGCCAUGUUCUGGGGUGCUUACCCCAAAAUGAUGAACGAAGGCCUCUGGCUGGCAUUUGAGCUCUCUGACAUCGCCUAUGCCUUCGAAAACACCUGGCCAGGUGCUAUCGGCCGUUUCGAGGGUGACUGGGAUGAUCACUCCCCUCUGCUUUGCUCGCCUCGUACUGUGCAGUUCCUCUCACCUCAAGCUGCGACCCGGAAGCUAUCACACAAGUACUUUUCCUUCUUCCAGAUUCAGCCGAAUAAAUCCAACAAGCAUAAGCUCGGAGCCAGUGCCAAGGAAAACGCUGCUGGCGAGAAGCCAUUCUGGUUUCACGGAGGUCUAUUGGUUCCAGGCCAAGAAGAGAGCUACUACACGCCCAACGUGUACGCCCGAAACGUUCCACCUUACACCACCGUUGAGGAAGAUCAGGCCGACUCGGACAACUGCAUGUACGGUGCAACUCUCAACAAGCUCAAGGGUACCACUAUCCCUGUGACAUUGGAGAAAGCCAUCACCAUCGCGCAUCAGGCAUUCAAGACGCACCAACCAGUACUGCAGUACUAUGCUCCCAUCCCUCAGCUUCAGAUCGAGUCGGUGGAUGACAAAGCUCAAGCUAAGAAAGACCAUCUUGACUGA